AUGUUAAAGAAGAGAUUAGGCCCUGAUUCUUAUUUAAUAGGUGCCCCUACUGGUGUUGCAGCUGUUUUAAUUAAUGGUAAAACACUACAUUCAUUAUUUAAAUUGCCAAGGAAUAGUUCAGAUUUCAAAGAACUUAAAGGAGAAGCAGCCAGAGAGUUAGCAAACAUGUUUGAAACUGUUAAAUAUCUGAUUUUGGAUGAAUGGUCAAUGUGUGGUUGUGCUACUUUAUCUAUGAUUGAUGAACGGUGUAAGCAAGCUACAGGAAAUUAUGAAGAAGAUUUUGGUGGCUUGUAUGUAAUGUUAUUGGGUGAUGGAAAACAACUUCCACCUGUAAAUGAUGCAUCAUUAUAUUCGAAAAUUCAAAAUAAUGACAGAGCUAGGAAAGGAAAACUUCUUAUCAACAACUUUAAAGGAAGAUUUACUUUAUCAACUUCUCAUCGCCAACAAGGAGACCAUGAAUUUUUGAAAAUAUUAGACAAUGUUGGAGAUGCUAAUGUUUCUGAUGAAGAUUUCAAAACCUUAGCUAGUCGGUUUGAUUACAAGAUAUCAUCUGAAGAAAAACAAAGUUUUGAAGAUGCUAUAAGGCUGUUUUCCAAAAAGGCAGAUAGAGCAACUUCAGACAAAGCUGAGGGUUUAGAAAGGUACCUUUAUUUGGCAAAGAAUUGUAAAAUUAUGUUACGUUCUAACCUAUGGCUUGAAAAAGGAUUGGUAAAUGGGGCAAUGGGAAGAAUUCAUGAUGUAAUUUUUGAUCCUGCUUGCCCUGACAUGCCAGCAGUUUUACUAUGUGAAUUUGAAAAUUACACAGGACCCUCAUUGAUUCCAAAUUUGAAGGUAGUUCCAAUUAAACCUGUUUUAAAAUCAUGGUCAGACAAAGGACAGAACUGCACUAGGUUUCAAUUUCCUGUGUGUUUAGCUUAUGCAGUGUCAAUUCACAAGUCCCAAGGAAUGACAUUAGAUAAGGCAGUUGUUAAUAUUGGACCAAGUGAAUUUGCCUUUGGGUUAUCAUAUGUGGCCUUUUCUCGUGUCAGAAAAUUAAGUGACAUGAUGAUUUAUCCAUUUUUAUCUCAGCGAUUAAAAAGUUUAAGUUUGAUUCCUGCUCUUCAACAUAGAAAUGAUUUUAUGAAUCUAAAAGACAGUUCUACUGGUCCAGGGUCUCUAAAUACCUUCUUCAAGAUACAACUUAUGAUUCAAUAA